GCGCGCCUGUAGCGGGAGGGGCAUGCAAACCUGCUCCUGCGCUCCGGGCCUCUCCGCCGCGCCGCUCGGGGGCGACCCUUCGUUCACGGACUCCUCGCACACAGGAAACGAAGGCCGACGCUGUCGAUUCUUCAGCCAAUCUCGGCACGCCUUGACCCAUCCCUCUCUUUUAUUGGGUAAAGAAGAGGGCAACGAGGCGGAUGUUGUUGCCUCUGCGAGGGUCAAGGCCGACAAGAUGGCGUCGACUGCCGGGGAGCUUGGCGGCGUUUUCGACCACCACGUCCAAAGGGCUGUGUGCGACUCACGGGCCAAGUACCGGGAGGGGCGACGGCCUCGCGCCGUCAAGGUCUAUACAAUCAAUUUGGAAUCUCAGUACUUAUUAAUACAAGGAGUUCCUGCAGUAGGAGCAAUGAAGGAAUUAGUUGAGCGAUUUGCUCUGUAUGGUGCAAUUGAACAGUACAAUGCUCUAGAUGAAUACCCAGCAGAAGACUUUACAGAAGUUUAUCUUAUUAAAUUUGUCAAUUUACAAAGUGCAAGGAUAGCCAAGAGAAAAAUGGAUGAACAGAGUUUCUUUGGUGGAUUGCUUCAUGUGUGCUAUGCUCCAGAAUUUGAGACAGUUGAAGAAACCAGAAAAAAAUUACAAGAGAGGAAUGCUUAUGUAGCAAGAACUACUAAAAAUAAAGAUCAUUACGUGACAAAGAAGCAUAAAGAUGCAAAAGAUUUUAGACAUGAUUUCCAUUCGAAGACAUCUGGAUUUCCUGCAGCUUCUUUGAACACAUCUACUGGGAACUCACAUCUUUGUCUUCCUUAUUCUUGUGAGUUGCCUUUGUGUUAUUUCUCCCCAAAAUGUACAUGUUCAUCAGGAGAACAUGUGGACAGAGCAUCAAAUUCCUCUCAGGAUGGUAGAAACCAUGACGAAACACUGGAGCACUGUAACCACUCUCCGCAGAAAGUGCAGAUGAAAACUUUAAAAAAUUCAUUGGCCCACCCUGGUGCACAGAAGGCUAUUACUGCUUCAGAGGCAGUUGACAGAUUUAUGCCUAGGACAACACAACUGCAGGAGCGGAAAAGAAGAAGAGAAGAUGAUUGUAAACGUGGAACUCUUCUUGAAGCAAGCACAAGUAGCAAUGAGGUUAUGAUUGGCCCUCAGUUACCAGACAUUCCUAAAGUGGACAUGCAUGAUGACUCGUUGAAUACAACAGCGAAUUUAAUUCGGAAUAAACUUAAAGAGGUAAUUUCAUCUGUGCCGAAGCCUGCAGAGGACAAGCCGGAAGAUGUGCAUAGAAGUUAUCCUUUAAAACAAAGAAGAAGAAUAUAAAUUCCCUGCAGUAAAUUUGUAUUUUUAAAGGCCUAUUUAUUUUUUACUUUUCGGCUGUCAUUUUAAUUCUUAAAGAGAUUUUACUGCUGGUAUUUUUUUUUUUAAAUGCACGCCUCUUUGUAAUUUCAUUCAACCUACUUGUCUAAUACAGUUUCAUUUUUUAAAAUUAGUUUAUCAUGGACAAGAUUCAUGCCAGAUAGUUAUGCCCCUUAGAAGAAAUAAAACUUUUCCAGAACUCCACC